CCCCCCCCCCCCCCACGGAAGGUAACGCCCGGCCUGCCCCAUGAAGCUGACGAUGGAGGAUGACAUCCUUCUGGGGUUGUUGGAAUGAGACACGUACUAUUGGACGACAGAACCCUCAGGGCAGUGUUAAAUAGCACAUUUAUUUUUAUAUGUAUAAGAUACCAAAUUUGGCCUUCGAGAAGGAUCGGGGAAGGGAGGAGGGGUUGUUUCUGCCAAUGAUGAUCAUACUGAAUCUGAAUCUAGCAUAUGUUUAAAAGCACUGAUGUAUGAUAGGGGUUAGAUGUGUGGUUGGAUCCAUCGUUUAUCUUUUGCGAGCCAAAGAUAGGCUGUGAAUGAUGUAUGAUUGGUCAGUUUGUAUAUCCAGCGCUGGCUGCAAGCCAAAGAUUGUAUCUUCUCUGUACUAUUCGUGGUUCCACAUUAUCGCUUAUCCAUUGAUCUCCUUUUCCCCCACGCAAAAACAAAAAGGCAGUAUCUUCGAAUGGUUUGUGACCUCCCAAUACAAGCAUUCCUCUUCAUUGGAGUUGGGCUCUUGACUUGGGUUUGUGUUAGUGAUAUUUGAAGGAAUUACCAUUUGGCAAAAGAGGCCUAAAAUGAACACAAUAAAAGCCAUGACUUCCAGCACUGUUUGUAUACCGCAGAAAAUAACUUUCAAAUUACGAUGGACAAAGAAAAAGGACAAAAUAAAAUGCAGCUCUUGCAUGGAUCUGUUGCAGCACUGGUACUUGAAUCCAACAACAAACCUGUCGCUGGUAAACAAACUCUGAACCCUUUGCAGACUAAACAACACGUGAUUCGUUGGUCUUUGGAGUUUGCGUUAAACGUUUGAUGAUGUUGGGUCUAGUCAGAAGAAUCUGCUUGAUUGUGUUUUUGUGGUAUACACAUGUCUGUACUCGAGCAGUUUAAACUUUCGGCGACAUAAUAUUGUUUAGUGUUAGAAGAAUCUUAAGGCUUAUAGAGAGAAAUGUGAGAUACUUCCAAGUCCCCGUGGCAUGAUGAAAGUCUGGGAGGGAAGUCUACCUACAUUUAAAGAGGCCCCCCUGGCAUGAGUGAUCCCCUAAAAAUAGGUGGGAAUGUGCUCCACUCCAUCACUAAACACAAACUAGUGCUCUCUGCCCCAUGGGAAACACUCAUUUUUAAGUCAACAAUUCGGAAUGUGAGCGCCCUGAAAUUCUGCCACCGUUAAAACUGAGCAAGACACAGGGCCACACGUGAACCCGCGUUGAACACUGCAUGCUCUGAAGUGUCCAUUCAAAUGUUGGGGUUACAUCCAGUGUUUAUGAAUGUGUAGUCAAUGGGGUCAUAGUCAUGUUGUUAGAGCAAAAGAUGACGUUGCCUGUCCAUUUGGGUAAAAGAGAAUCCCCGGCCAAUGGUGUUUUGUUCAACUGUAACAUUUCCAAAUAUAUAAUCAUUUUUUUUGUUGUUUGUUUCAGGGAUAUUGCAGGAUUACAUUAAACCCUUUAAUAGAACAAGGGGUUUAGUUUAUUUCUUUCAAGGUGCCCUGGAGCCAGAUUUUGAAUGUGCAAUGCCAAAGAACAAGAUUAAGUAUAUUUUAAUGUGUUUCUCUUGGAGUGACAAAAUUAUGUAGCACUCACCAAACUUUAGUGCUAAAAGAAGACACUUUAUACUCCACCUUUUUUUGAUGGCUUGGAACCCUAUUACGCUGCAAGGAUUAUGUUAUUGACUGGGAACACAUAGGCCUACUUUCAUUUCAACCCUUCACUAUAUUCCACUGGCAUGGCGUAUACUGUGCACAUUCAUGUCUUCCCUCUGCACCCUGUUAUUGUCAUCUCUGUACGUGUUGGCAGAAAAUACACUUGACUUUUGUUUUUGUUCUCGUUUUUUUUAUUUUUUUUUACUGUGAUUGUUCGAUAUUUUUUUUUUUUUGUAUGUUGUCACCAUCAUCACAUAUGUAUUGUUUUUGGAGUUUUGAUUAUACUACUGUCACUGAAGAUCAUUUGCAUUAGAGUGUGCUUUAUAUUUUGAUGUUUAAACUUCAAAGAUGUAUAUUUAUCUCGUGAUAAAUGUUACAAUGGAAUGGCGUGGCGUGCUGGUGAAGUUAUUGGGGGAACUUUCAUUUCGGGCUUCCUCUGCUCUUAUUGUGGUGUAUAAUGCCCUCUGCUGGAAAACCCUAUUUUUCCGACAGUGGACUGUAGGGCGCCCUAAUCCUAUAGGAUCAAAAGCUGAAAGAAAAACAAUGCAAACAAUUCCACUCAGAUUCCACGAAUACUAUACAAUGUACUAUGUACUUGGACGAACAUGUGCACUAGCCAACACUCUGUUUAUAAUCGUUGUGUUGUGUGGAUUAGAAACGGUCCCAUUCUUCAAAUGCUUCAUGUCUAUUCGACAGCUUCAGUUUACAUUAUAAGUUAUAAAUAAAAGUAACGUUAAGGAUAUGCCACAAGAUAUAUACCACAUGGUCAUAUGAUAUGCUGCAUGCAUGUUGGUCAUUUGGUUGCUAUGAAACCCUGAGGUCAAUUUCCAUUGCAGGCAAAUGCAUUAUUCAUUCAUGUCAGGGAGCGGGCCUACACACAAACAAGAAUACAUCUAUCGGCGCCAACAACAACGGUACUUUGUCUAACCGCGUGGGCUUGACUUGGGACCUUCCAUGGCGUCCUUACUGGAUCACGGCCUGAUUAAGACCGCGGCGGUGGAGCAGGUGGUGGCUCCCAUCGCCGGUCACCUGUGUCUGCUGGUGCUUUUAUGCGAGAACGCCAAGGAUCCCGAGCAGUUCCUCCAUCUGGAGGGGGCUGCCCGGGCCGUGGCCAAAGCCACCGAAGACAUGGCCUCGGUAGCCUCUAGGUAUGUGGGGGUUUUCUAGGGAACAGGGAAUAAAUGGAAGCACACAUUACGCACUCAUGCACGCUUACGAUGCCAAUAACACGUUGUGUUAGCCGUUUUUAGUCGGGCUUCAAUGUUCUCGUGUGAUAGAUGACACAUGUCCGGUAGGGUCUGCAUGAUCCGAUGUACACCUGGUUUGGGUUAUUCCUAGGCUGAUGAAUGAAACUGAGGAUGAAGUCACAAGGAUGGAGAUGUCUGCGCUGCUGGAGCCAGUGACUGUGUCUGGACAGCAUGUGUUGCUGGUUUCCCAGAAGCUCAGCAUCCAGCCCGGUUUGCCCGAGCACAGGGAAGAACUCAUCACAGCCACGCAAAACGUCAUGCUGGGAGUGGUCAAAGUACAGUAGAAUUCACUUUAUACCCAAAUGUAAUAAAUAUGUUUGAUAUGUACAUUUGAAAGAUAAACAUCUACAGGUGGAAUAUGAAUGUCCUAUAGCUAUAGCUGCAGUUUAUAGUUGCUGUUUUUGGCAGCAUUAAAUAUGGGUUGGCCCUCUACAUGAACAUGUGUAACGUCUGAAGCUUUUGCGCAAUAAAGGCUGUAAAUCACCGCCGCUCUGCUUUUGUCAAGCCAUCAUCGGAGCUUUGUCAAUGACUAUAACAUGAUAGUAGUCUGGCUUUUCCAUCGCUCCUUAAAGUUUAUUCAGAACUUUAUUUAUUAUUCUAAGCUUUUAAGUUUUCCCGGGGAGAUAAAUAUGUAUAUGUGUGUUUCACUCUCUCUUUAAACCUUGGGAAAAUGUAUUCGUUUUGUGCAAACAAUUUCAAGUGUGCUGCAAAAAUAAAUUGAAGGAGUUACAAAGCGGCAACUGUGGUUCAACUUCUCUCGCAGGUCCUAUUAGUGAGCGACGACGCCACCGUGAGGACGAUAGUGGUCGCUGCAGCCCAGGUGUUGGAGUGUCUCUCCCUGCUGGGAUGCUCCCUGGAUACCAUGACCCUGCUCAAAUCGUUCCAGGAGUUUUCCGACGCUCUAAUUCUCCUGAAGGGCCUCACAGUCGAGAGGGCAAGGUCCUUACAGGAUCCCAGACAGGCCCAGAGUCUGCUGGACUCAUUGGGGACCUUGAGCAAGUGCAUCUCCAUGCUGCACACCGCUAUGCUCGCCACCAUCAAACACCCCUGCAACGAGCAGGCACAGGCAGCCAAAGCGUACAUCCUCGACAAGGUGGAGAGCUCCGUAAAGGACAUCGUGGACACUCUCCACAGCAGGUGUGACCCGGGAUCCUACGGCCCUUGUGGGUUUUACACUGGGAGGCGCGACAGUCUGAUGAAGUUGCUCGACACCUUCUCCAUUCACUUGUUCAGAAGCAAUGGAUUGGACAGCAUGGUGCGUGAUAUUGUGUUCCACUGUAUGCUAGUGGCAAACCCGUCUCGCAGCAGCUUACAGCGGAGAGUCGUCGGUCACUGUCAACACAUUCUACAGUUCUGGUCGGAAAUAAUAGCCAUAACCAAACUGUCGGCGGAUCCGGACAGCCCUUGGCACCAUAUCGAGAAUGUGUCUAUUUUAUUAAAAGAGCAAUUAGAAAUGCUUGACGAAGACUUGAUGGCCACUGUCCUUUAUCAAGUGUUGGAUGCAUUUCUUUCAGUAUCUGACUUGUUUGAAGAACUUGGGAAUGUGAGGCAAAUCCUGGAUGUGGACUCCCCAACCGAGAUGAACCUGGACUUGCUCCAGCCACUCCUUGAGGACUUUGUAGCGUACACGGACAGACUUAUACAAGUGUCUCAUUUCGUAUCGGCAAUGGCGUUUGAUGCAAAGAGUAUGGAGAACGUGGAAAGCUCCUGUCUCUCUCUAACCAGACUCCGCUCUUGGAUUGCCACCUUUUCUCUGGAGCUGGGAGAUGAUCCACAGCAAGCGGUCCACAGACUGCGGGAACUCUGCCAGAGAUGGGAGGAGGAGAGCAGUCAGCUGCUAGAGGCUCUCAGUGAUGUGCUGGAUGUACGGGAGUUCACCAGCGUCGCAAUCGAUGAGCUGGUGAACGACCGCCGUGGAUGUGAUGAGGCAUACAAAGAGCAGCACUAUCAGAUGUUCGCGGAGAAUGCGAGCCACUUCAACUCUCACCUGAUACAGGUGGUGGACUCGGUGAAGCGGCACUUGGACAGGAGUGACAACCCCAUCUACAGGAACGGACUCCUGGUCUUGCUGAAGCAGGUACGAACGGCCCAGGUCAAAGUGGAAGGAUCCGUCAGAGAAAUGUUGGCUGGGCCUGGCCUAAACGUGGAGGUGUAUCCGUACUUUUCGGACCAUGUUACCACAGCACUUCAGCAGGUCAAAGUGCUCAGAGAGGGACUGGAUGGCCGGCAGCAUCCUCAUCUCCUCAGCCCGCUCCGAGAGGAUGUCCGCGUGGAGCAAGAAGUCUCGCCUCCUUCUUCCCCUGAGCCUGAAGAAGAACAUCUGGAUGGAAAAGAUCAUGGCAAUGACGAUCCCUUCAGCAUUGGAUUCCUCUCCUCUCCUCUGCAUAGACAGUCUGGAACGGAAGCCGUAGGAGAGCCAACAGGGGAAACUGUAGAAACGAUAGCGUAUCGUAAAUAUGACAGGGUGGAUUUAACGGUGCCAGCUGUCUCUGAGAAGCCAAACCUAAUCCACAGGCUCGGGGAUUUUGAUCUACUGCCCCUCCUGUAUGAGGUGGUGACUGUGACCAAAGGGAAAGAUGUGACAGGCCUCAACCUGGUAUGCACCGCUGUCCUGGAGCUGUCAAAUUGUUACGUUCAAGCAGCGAAGGACGCCUCCUGUAUCGUUGAUGCAAUCGACUCCCAGUCAUUAGAUGGCUUCAGGGCAGAUCUCGUAUCCCUCACACCACUGCUCGUCCAGACAGCGCAGGAGACCGCGAUGAGCUCAGCUAUGAGCACGGAGGCUGUUUAUAAGCACAGCGCGCAGUUUUCGGACCUGAUAAACAACAUGCGCAAGCUGCUACUGCCGGUGGCCGGUUCCUGGUACCACGCCGUUCAGGCCCUGGUUCGUGACACCGCACACAACAUGGCCGCCAGAGCCACCGAGCAGCUCUCGGAGGUGAUCAGCUUAUCCGCUGAUGUCGUCCAACUGCUCACGCGGUCCGACGUCACACCUCAAGGUUCAGAGAGUUUUACUGUGUUGCACAGCAAGUUGAACAAGGCCCAGAACAACACCAGGCUCCUGGCGGAACUCUCCGGUGCACUGAAAGGUCCAGUAGAUCAACUGGAGGGGCCGUGCAUACUGUGGGCUCUAUCGAUGCAGAUUCUGUUGAAGUCUCUGGAUAAGAUCUUGGGCCCGUCGAGUGCAGUAAGUCAACUGACAGUCCAAAAGAAGCUGUCAACAAUGUCUGAAAACUCACUACGGAUCCAGGAGGCCGCAAGGCUAACCAGUCAAGUUUGUAAAAGUGCCCACAAGGCUAAAGAAUUCACUGAAAUCAAGGAGGAACUCAAAACACACACCGAGAACUACCUACAGGUGGCGGAGGAUUUCGGCCUGGUGCAAAGUGUUGUUCAGCUAACCAAGUCUGAGUUCUUUCAAAGAAGUCUUCUGAUUAAACUUAGAGUCUUAUGUGGCCAGCUUGAUAAAACAAACAAGGACUACGUUAACACGAUUCAAAAUAUCGUCAACGCUGCUGAAACGGCCGCCAAACACGUAUCGGACGAGAAGACUGCAGAAGAGGCAGAGCAGCAAUUUGAAGCCGCAGUAGAGGCAAUAGUUGAAAACAUAAAUUCAGCCACCAAAAAGGUGGAAGAAUGCCUGAACUACGUGCGUGACCCACGUGCUCGCAGCAACCUGCGGUCCAUCAACGACCACCUGUCUUUCCAGAUCUCCGACAUAGUGAGUCGGGCCCGGCUGAUUGUGGAGACGCGGUUUGUCUCUGACAGCCUCAGCCUUGAGGUUCAGAUACAGUGCUGGUCUGCCAAGGCUCGCUACGUCACGGAGGAGAUCCUCAAAACGGAUGGGAUCCAGCAGCAGGCUAAAGAUCGUAUCAGGAUGGCUCUGCAGGGCGUCGGGCCAGAGGUGGCUCAGGGCGGGAUAGCACCACCUCCAUGUGAGGUAAAGGAAGAGAAACCCACUACGUUCACCACUUGGCCUAAAAGCCAUGCAGAAAACGUAGACGCGGCAAAUAUGGGAAUGUCUGAAGCCGUCACGGUGGAAGAAGACUACCUCAAAAGACAUAAUAAGUCGGGGUUCUCGUCGUGCAGAGAAGCGUCUUCCCUCGCCUACACCUCGCUGUUUCUAAGGGAAGAGACCGAAAGCUGGGACCCCAAAGACAACAGGAUAGUCCAGGUUACCAGGCAGAUGGCUGACAGGAUCUAUUACAUGACACAGUAUCUGAGGAGGAAGGGGCCGAUAGCGAACAAAGAGGCCUUCGUGGGCAUGGCUAAAGAGGUCAUAGCAAACUGCCAGUCCGUCACACAAUUCGUCAGAGUCAUCGCCAACCACUGCCUGGAUAAGCAGUGUACCGCAGAGCUGUCCCUGAUCGUUGAGCAGAUCCUCACCAUCACCAACCAGCUCAGCAUAAUUUCCAGCGUCAAGGCUGUGACACCGGGGUGCAAGUCGUCGGACGAGAUUCUGGUGAAGAACGCGCAGAACCUGCUGAAGACGGUGCUGCAGGGGGUGCAUGCAGCGGAGACGGCCUGCAUUAAGGGUCUGAGGCAGCCUGAGCCCGAUUCAGACGGCGCGGAGGCCGCGGCCCUCUGCUUCCAGUGGAGGAGGAACCUCCAGAUCCACCGGGCCUGGCAGAACUCCAACCCCGAGACGGACGACCUGGGUCUGAGGAGGACCUCCCCGCUGCCCCUGGCCCCCAGCCUGGCCCCUUCUUCACUCAAGAUAAAAUAAGCAAUAAGAAUAAUACACGAUACAAUGGAGGAAUUACUAGCAAGUUUUGUCAUUAGCGGCCUCUAGUGGCUCGAGUUGUAACUACAGUCAUAGUUUUACAAUAACGUUUUCCUAUUGGG